AUGUCCGGUCACACUGAUCUGCCGCGUAGCCCAAAAGGCACCAUUUACGAGACAGAGAAGGGAUUUGAUGCCAGUUUGAUGAUCGAGGUCGACCCCAUAAAAAUCAAGUUCAUAGGAGAGUUGAAAACAUCAGAGGCGUCGUCAAUAUUCCAUGUGAACUACAAUGGCAAACCCCGUGUUUUGAAAGUUUUCCACAAUAAGGGAGACCCUGGGUAUGCUGAUGACGGGAUUCGUGACUUGAAUCGUGCCCGAUGCGAGAUCAGAGCCUACUGCCGCCUCAAACAAUCUGGCAUUUGCGACCAGGGAUAUGUGCCACAGUUUUACGGAUACACGCUUUCCUUGAAUCCAGCUGUGCACACCCCUCAUUUAGAUAGCUUUCAGCGCGAUGCUGACUUUCCAAGUGCUAUUCUGAUGGAAUACCUGCCGAAUCCCUCAUUAAUGAACUGCCUCACUUACAGCAAAACGCGAAUGUCCAAGGCAGUCGAUGGCAUCAAACAGAUCCAUUCAGCUUUGAUUGACCACAAUGACCCUUAUCCCAAGAAUAUUCUGAUUGUUCCUGGUGACCCAGAAAGAGUUGUGUGGUUAGAUUUUGAUGUUGCAAUUACUUACCCCAAUAGUGCUUACAUUGGAGAAAGGGACCGUGGUUGGCUUGAGAUGGAAACUGCGCGUGUUGAGUGUUUCGGGGAGAUGCUUGUUGGUACCUCGAACAAUUUCACUGCUUGUUGCCUUGUGCUGACAGAAUUUCCAGGCAGAAGAUCAGAUACAGGGCCUUCUACCAAACACAAAAUAUUACUAAGCUGGUAG